AAUGGUUCGAUUGUCGUAUUGAGAUUGAUUCUUUCGAUCUCCGUUGCCAUAUAGAAUUCCAGUUUCAACAAAAUCAAUGCCAAAUUAUUCGUCAACCAUCGUUUGAUUCAAUCAAUACACGGCCGGACGGGACUCUUCGAUGGACAAGGCUGCCGACUGUUGCUCUACCCAUCUCAUAGAUGGAGAUGGUACUCUUAAUUCAGCUGGACUCGAUAAAUUUAUGAAGGAAGUAAAACUUGCUGAAUGCGGACUUUCCUAUGCAGUUGUUUCCAUCAUGGGCCCACAAAGUAGUGGGAAGAGCACACUUCUAAAUCAUCUAUUCCAUACCAACUUCCAGGAAAUGGAUGCUUUCAAGGGAAGGUCUCAGACCACCAAAGGUAUUUGGAUGGCAAGAUGCACUGGUAUCGAACCUUGCACUAUUGUGAUGGAUCUUGAGGGUACAGAUGGAAGAGAACGAGGAGAGGAUGAUACUGCAUUUGAAAAACAAAGUGCACUUUUUGCUCUUGCUGUUUCUGACAUAGUGCUUAUUAACAUGUGGUGUCAUGAUAUUGGUCGUGAGCACGCAGCAAAUAAACCUCUAUUAAAAACCGUAUUCCAGGUCAUGAUGCGAUUGUUUAGUCCACGCAAAACAACGUUGAUUUUUGUCAUACGUGACAAGACAAGAACACCUCUGGAAAAUUUAGAGCCUGUCUUGAGGGAAGAUAUCCAGAAGAUAUGGGAUUCUGUUCCGAAGCCAGAAGCCCACAAGGAAACACCACUAAGUGCAUUUUUCAAUAUAGAAGUUGUUGCUCUUUCUAGUUAUGAAGAGAAGGAAGAACAAUUCAAAGAGCAGGUGGCCAACCUGAGGAAGAGAUUUUUUCAUUCUAUUGCACCUGGAGGGCUUGCAGGUGACAGACAGGGAGUUGUUCCUGCUUCAGGAUUUCGUUUCAGUGCUGAACAGAUCUGGAAAGUUAUCAAGGAGAACAGGGAUCUUGACCUGCCUGCUCACAAGGUGAUGGUUGCCACCGUACGCUGUGAAGAAAUUGCUAGUGAGAAGUACUCUGCCUUUGUCAAAAACAAGGAAUGGUGUGAACUAGAGGAAACUGUAAAGUCUCAACUUGUGCCCAAUUUCGGAAAGAAGAUUGGUUCGCUGCUUGACACUUGCUUUGCAGGUUAUGACGAAGAGGCUGUGUUUUUUGAAGAAGGAGUUAGGAAUGCAAAGAGAAAACAGUUGGAAGAGAAAUUGUUGCUACUUGUUCAAGUGGCCUACGAAUCAACAUUGCAACACAUAAGGUCUGAGGUACUGGAAAAAUUCAUAAAAACAUUUGACGAUGCUUUGAGUAAAGGACGAGGGUUUCAAGUAGCUUCCCGUGAUUGCACAGCAUCAUUUAUGAAAUUAUUUGAUGAACAAUGCAAAGGUGCCAUCGUCAAGCAAGCUGAUUGGGACUCGUCCAAAGCAAGGGCUAAACUUGCUCAAGAUAUCGAUUCACAUAUUGCUGAAGUUCGUACUGCCAAGAUAGCUGAUCUUACUGCACUAUAUGAGUCGAAAGCAAAAGAGGUGUUAUAUGCACCUGUGGAAGCUCUUCUAGAAGGGGCUGCUGAAGAUACUUGGCCUGCAAUAAGGAAACUUCUUCGAAAUGAGACCAAAACUGUUGUCUCUGAGUUUUCUGAUGCACUUAAGGGUUUUGAAAUGGAUGAAGAUGCCAAGAAAAAUCUGCUUUCAAGAUUGGAAAAUUUUGCAAGAGAUGUUGUUGAAGGGAAAGCUAAAGAAGAAGCUGGCAAAGCUCUAAAUCGCAUGAAGGAAAGGUUUACAACCAUAUUCAACCAUGAUAACGAUCAAAUGCCACGGAUCUGGACUGGAAAGGAAGAUAUUCGUGCAAUUAAUAGAACUGCUCGUAUUUCUUCUUUAAAGUUGCUUGCUGUUUUGGCCGCAAUUCGUUUGGAGGAUUAUGCUGAUAAAAUUGAGGAUACGCUACUCCUUGCUUUAACAGAACCCAGUAAAGGCGCCAAGAGCUCCAAUUUGCAAGACCCUUUGGCCACAAGCAAAUGGGAACAGAUUCCAGCAUCGAAGACAUUGAUAACUCCUGUUCAAUGUAAAUCUUUAUGGAGCCAGUUUCAGAAAGAGACAGAGUAUGCCGUUAGUCAAGCUAUUUCUGCCCAGAAAGCUAACAAGCAAAAUAACAGUUGGCUACCACCUCCAUGGGCUAUUCUUGCCUUGUUUGUGCUGGGAUUCAAUGAAUUCAUGACUCUUUUGAGGAAUCCAUUGUACCUGCUUUUUAUCUUUGUUGGCUUCCUACUUUUGAAAGCCUUGUGGGUUCAACUUGACAUAGCCUCUGCAUUCGAAAACGGUGUGCUUACAGGGAUUCUGACGUUAUCCACCAAGCUUCUUCCAGCAAUUAUGAACCUUAUGAGAAAACUGGCGGAGGAGGGGCAACGGCCGCCACCGACCGCCAAUGCCCGAAUAAACUAA